UAAACUUUUCAUUUCAAGAAGAAAAUUGACAGAAACAGUUGUUUCAGCGUGGUGCUUCUUCCACUUUCUAUUGUAUAUUCGGCGGUUGCCUCUUCCUUCAUUCGCAUCUCUUUGUUGAAGGAAUUGGAUUGGCUUGCUUCCUGGAAACUCAACAUUCUUUUGUCAUACUGAUCCUGAAAUUUCCAUAUUUGUUCAAAAUAGAAGGUCGUUUUUAGGAUGGUGGAGGAGAGAUUAUGUCGUUGCUGUAGGAUCUCCACAUACAGAUUGGUGAACCUAAAAGCGAAAGUCAAUGUGCCAGGUGCUGAAGAAAAAACUUACAAGGAUAUUUUACACGAAAUGGCCAUUGGGAUGAUUCAAAACAUAGAGGAGCAUGAUGAAACUAUAUUUCCAAAGAAGGCAUGUAAUAAAUGCAUACGGCAGAUAAAACAAAGUUAUAAGUUCUUGUUAAAAGUGCAGUCUUCCUAUGAAUACUUUAUGGAGUUGGAUCAAAAGGAUGAUGAAUGUGGGGAGACAGAAGAUUCAAACGUUUUGCUUGAGACAUACGUCGAAAAACCUGAAACACAUGCAUUGCUGUUUGAAGCAGAAUCUGAAGUGGAUACUAAAGGGAAAGAUAUUGGAAUAGAUAUUUGUAGAGCAGGCGAAACUGAAUUGGAAGAAAUAACUAUAGAAAUAGAACAGGCAGAACAGUUCACAAAUUUUGAGACAUCUCAUAGUGAGCAAUUAAAAAAUGAAGACAGCUUUGAUGGAAGACAAACGGCAUGUAGCAGCAACGAAACAGAGAAAUCUGAUGUUGAAUCUCUGGGUGGAAAAGAAAUGUCGCCAUAUGUGAAAUAUGUCGAAAAAUCUUCAAAGAUAAAAAGUCUCUAAAUAUUCAUACCCAUUACACCCACAUGCCUGAUGAAGAGAAGAUGUCAUGUCCUUUGUGUGACCACAAAACUAGUCGACCUUCAGUGUUAAAAGUUCACAUGGAGUCGAAACACGGCAAACAAAGUGUGGAAGAGUUUUUCAGAGAAGAGCCAACAGACAGUAAACCGUUUGUUUGUAAUGUCUGUGGGCGCAGUUUUGGAAGGCGGUAUGAUAUGAACAGGCACAUACAAAUCAUACA